UGGAGAUCCUCUGGACCUGCUCUGUUCGCUAAUGCCCCCUGUCGCUGGCUCUCCCUCCCCUGACCGCGGCGCCGCCGAACGCGCCUCGGUCUAGAAUUCCAGAUCCUGGGCAGCCUGCACCCGCAACCACGCCUCUCCUCCUCCUCCUGUAGCCGCCGCCGCCGCCGCCGUCCUUAUCUCCCCCGCACCGUCGCAGAGUGGGAUCCAUCUGGACUCGAAAUUUCCUCUCUCUCGCUGAUUAGGUUUUUAAAUUGGCUGAAAUAAAAUUCUUUGCCGGACGGAUAUUACAAGGCCUACCUGAGAAGGAGGUGCUCUUGUGCAAGGCGAAAAGUUGCAUUGCUUUCUGUUUUUGCCUUGUUGGUCUCUUUGCAGUUGCAGUUGCAGGGACACUAUCAGUAUAUCUUCAUUUUGCUGUUGCAGGGGUUGUACCUUUGGUGUUAACUAUUUGUACGGUGUGCAUAGUUUAGGCUAAGUAACAGAAUGCAGAUAUUCAUUUAUGCUCUGCAGUAGGAGAAAUGUUAAAUUCUCCUAUGUCAUUAACAAUUUAUGCUCAUUUUAUUCUGUUAUUAACAAUUUGAGUUAGUGUGCAGAUUAGGUCAUAAGAAGCGGGAUUAGUGUUAUUUUGCAAGAACUCCAGACCUGUUAUGUAUUGGGACUGCAGGUCUGAGUAGCUGCUCCUUUUUUGGGCAGUUAACCUCAGUGUUCAAAAUGAACGGGCUUCUAAUUAGUUGGACCUAUUCUGAAUCAUGGCGGAGCACUUGGCUUCGAUAUUUGGUACAGAAAAAGAUUGGGGCUUGCCGCCAUGGGGAUCGUUGCUCCCGUCUGCAUAAUAGGCCAACCAUAUCACCGACUCUUGUGCUGGUUAACAUGUAUCAACACCCUGACAUGAUCACCCCUGGGGUUGAUGCUCAAGGCCAGCCAAUUGAUCCUCGCAAGAUGCAGGAGCAUUUUGAAGAUUUUUAUGAGGAUAUCUUUGAAGAACUGAGCAAAUUUGGUGAGAUUGAGAACCUCAAUGUCUGCGACAACCUUGCUGAUCACAUGAUAGGCAAUGUCUAUGUCCAAUUCAGGGAGGAAGAUCAGGCAGCUGCAGCUCAUACAGCCCUUCAGGGCCGCUUUUACUCUGGCCGCCCGAUUGUUGUCGACUUCUCCCCAGUUACUGAUUUUCGUGAAGCAACCUGCAGACAGUAUGAGGAGAACAGCUGCAAUCGUGGUGGAUAUUGCAAUUUUAUGCAUGUGAAGCAGAUUAAUAGGGAUCUGAGGAAAAAGCUCUUUGGGCGUUACAGGAGACCAAACAGGGGAAGGAGCCGCAGCCCUAGCCCACAUCACAGGAGUGUGCGUCGUGACCGAGAUGAUUACCGUGGCGGUGGUGGCGGCGGCAGCCGUGGCCACGACUACCAUGGUGGCGGUGGUCGUGACCGUGAUGACUACCAUGGUGGCGGUGGUGGGCGCAGGGGUGGAGGCAGCAGGUAGGAAAGGUACGAUGAUGGAGGGAGGUGCAGGCAUGGUGGCAGCCCCCCUCCCAGGCGUGCAAGAAGCCCCGUCAGGGAGAGCAGUGAGGAGCGCAGGGCUAAGAUUGAGCAGUGGAACCGUGAGAGGGAGGAAAAGCAAGGGUGAGCAGCCCCCCUUCAAGGCAGGCAAAGGCAGACAUUAAGUUGUCAGAAUGUUUACUGGUGCCGUUCUAUGCUGUGUGUGGCCUGUGGGUCUGUGGGAGAUUGCUAUGUUGUCAGAAUUGUGUUAGUUUGAUGAUGUGUAGUGAGGGUGAGCAGCCCCCCUUCAAGGCAGGCAAAGGCAGACAUCAAGUUGUCAGAAUGUUUGCUGGUGCCGUUCUAUGCUGUGUGUGGCCUGUGGGAGAUUGCUAUGUUGUCAGAAUUGUGUUAGUUUGAUGAUGUGUAGUGUAGGUCAAGGAUUCUAAUCUAUUUUGCUCAUUAAGACUCUGAAACUGUCAUUUGUGUGUUGCGAAAAACAUUGUUGUAAGCUCUUGUGCGUUUCACACCAUUCUACAAUGCAGCUUUCGUAUGAUGCCGUA